AGGGCAAGCUGUGUCGUCGGGCAAGCAUCCGUGCGAUUCCAGCUCAUGAAUUCGACUCCAUAUAUUUCUCUGCAAAUUCUCCAUCUCCGAAUCGUCCUUCGCCCUUUCACUCGCGCACUGCCUGCCACACAGACGCUUUCUUCUUCGCUCCGGCGCCGACGCCGACGCCCCUGCCAGCGUAAAGAGACAUAGAGAAAGGGCCACUGCCGACGCCGUUCUCUCAGUUUCAAUGGACCCUUGCCCCUUCGUUCGCGUUCUCGUCGGGAACCUCGCCCUAAAAGUCCCUGCAGCCGCCCGCUCCGCCGGAGGCGCCGGCGUCCACCCCUCCGCUCACCCCUGCUUCGCCACCGUACGCCUGCACAACCACCCCUCCAGCCAGACGUCCUCCGUCCCGCUCGUCCCUGCCGACCACGCCGCCGAUGCCCCCGCGGCCUCGACCGCGCUCGCCGCCGGGUUUCAUCUCUCCAAGGCCGACAUCGACCGGCUCGCCAGGAAGUCACAGUCGCUCUUCUCCUCCGCCUCCGGCUCUGCGACUACGAAACUGAAGGUUAGGAUCUACUCGGGCCGCCGGGGGAGGUCCUGCGGGGUGCGAUCCGGGAGGCUCUUGGGGAAGGUGUCGCUGCCGCUGGAUCUCAAGGCGGCGGCGGAAGGGAAGGCGGUGGUGUUCCACAGCGGCUGGGUCGGGUUAGGGAAGGGGGCGGGCAAGGCGCAGCUCUAUCUGACGGUGACGGCGGAGACGGACCCCAAGUUCGUGUUCGAGUUCGACGGGAAGCCGGAGCAUAGCCCCCAGGUGUUCCAGGUCCAGAAUAACAGGGCAAGGCAGCCCGUCUUCACCUGCAGCUUUAGCCGCCGCCACCACUCCGGCGACUCCAACUGGCGAUCGAAAUCGAUGUCGUUGGAGUCAAGUAGUGCUAGGAACUGGUCGUCGUCCUUCGCGCCGGGUAGGGAGGGGCUGGGAAAGGAGCGCAAGGGCUGGUCCGUCACUGUCCACGACCUCUUCGGCUCGCCCGUGGCACUUGCCUCCAUGGUCACCCCUUUCGUCGCCUCCCCCGGCACUGACCGUGUCAGCCGCUCCAACCCCGGCGCUUGGCUCAUCCUCCGGCCAGGCGUCGUCGGCACCUGGGAACCCUGGGCCCGCCUCGAGGCUUGGCGGGAGCGCGGAGGCCCCUCCGGCGACGGACUCGGCCACCGCUUCGAACUCCUUUCCACCAAUCCCUCCGACCGCGGUGUGUGCCUCGCUGAGUCCACCAUCAGCGCCUCCAGAGGCGGUAAGUUCACUGUCGACCUCACCAGCGCCUGCGGCAGCCCCCUCGCCCGGACCACCUCCUCCCUCCUCCCCUGCGGAGAAUCGACGACGCCCUCAUCAGACUACGUCGGGUUUGUGAUGUCGUCGACGAUCGCGGGCAAGGGGCGAAGCGGCGUCGGCGUCCGCCCGAAGGUGGAGGUCGGAGAGCGGCACGUCCGGUGCACCGACAACGCCGCCGCGUUUGUGGCAGUCGCGGCAGCCGUUGAUCUCAGCAUGGAAGCGUGCCGCCUCUUCUCCAACAAGCUCCAGCGGGGGCUUUCGUUCUCCAACUUAUUGCGCCGGCAAUCCUCCAGUCCAAUCUAGAACUAUAAAAUUACUCAAAAUUGCUGAAUGUACAGAUCCAUAUCGAUCGAUAUUCUAUUAGAUUCGUUCUUUUAGUGAA